UGGGCGAUCGGGCACGGCAAGCUUGGAGCUUCAUGCAGGGUUGCGAGCUGGAACCUCGAUAGCUCGCGUAAAGCUGGGAAUGAUGACGAUUGUCGAGGUUCGGCUAUGGGUGUGCACGGAGGCAAUUUCUGGUACUACACCGAGUAGCCGAGAUGGGCCUGGUCCAAAUAAUGGCCUCGAGAAAGAUAUAAGAAGGAGACGAUGGACGGCCUUGAAGUCGAAAUUAUCAUCAACAUCAUCAUCACAACAAUCAGCAUCACUCACACAAACAAUACAACAAUUCAUCUUUUCAGUUGAACCAACAUCAACAAUCAAUCAUAACAACAUCCCAUCAAUAUCAAAAUAUAUAAGCCACAAGACAGUGACUACGCAAUUCACUCCUCCGCUUCAAAUCUAGCCAAACAAUAAGCUUCUCAACUUAUUCAAAAGCUCAAGCCACCCUUCAUCAUGCCUGUCACUGUUCCCAUCAACGCUGGUGACCGCUUCGAUUUCAUCGUCGUCGGUGGAGGCACUGCCGGUAACACUGUUGCCGGCCGUCUCGCUGAGAACCCCAAUGUCCGCAUCCUCAUUGUCGAGGCUGGCGUUGCCAACCCCGAGCAACUCAACGAGGUCAUGACCCCCUCCAACGCCAUGAACCUUCGAGGCAGCAAGCAUGACUGGGCCUACAAGACCACCGUGGUCAAGCGGGACGACUACGAGCGUAUCGAGAAGCCCAACACCCGUGGCAAGAUCCUCGGCGGUAGCUCCUCGCUCAACUACUUCACUUGGAUCCCCGGAUGCAAGCCUACCUUUGACAUGUGGGCUGAGUACGGUGGCGAGGAGUGGACCUGGGACCCCCUCGUUCCCUAUCUUCGAAAGUCUGUCACCUAUCACGAUGACGAGGGCCUCUACGACCCCUCUCUCGCUAAGAUUGGUACCGGCGGCCCCAUCAACGUCUCCCACGCGGAGCUCCUCCCUGAAAUGGCUCCUUUCCGCGAUGCCCUGACCAAGGCUUGGGUCUCCAUGGGCGAGCCCCUCACUGAGAACAUCUACGAUGGUGAGAUGAUUGGUCUGUACCACUGCGCCGACACCAUCUACAAGGGCCGCCGCAACGGUAGCUUCCUGUUCCUCAAGGACAAGCCCAACAUCACCGUCCUUACCGAGGCCCAGUCCAAGAAGCUCAUCAUCGACUACGCCUCCCGCACCUGCAGCGGUGUCACCGUCGUCCUGGGCAAUGGCCAGGAGCUCAGCUUCUACGCCGACCGCGAGGUCAUCCUCUCCCAGGGUGUCUACGAGUCCCCCAAGCUGCUCAUGCUCAGCGGCAUCGGCCCUGCCCGCGAGCUGGCCAAGCACAACAUUGAGUGCAUCGUCGACUCCCGCCACGUCGGCCAGAACCUGAUUGACCACCCCGCCGUGCCCUUCGUCCUGCGCGUCAAGGACGAGUUCGGCAUGGACAACACCAUCCUGCGCAAGAACGAGCUGAACGCGCAGGCCCACGCCGCCUACGCCAAGGACCACUCGGGCCCCGUCGGCUCUGGCUUCCUCGAGAUGGUUGGCUUCCCCCGUAUCGACAAGUACCUCGCCAAGGAUCCCAUCUACAGCAAGGCCGUCAAAGAUAACGGUGGCAAGGACCCUCUCUGCCCUGAUGGCCAACCCCACUUCGAGCUCGACUUCGUGUCCAUCUUUGGCAGCGCUUUCCAGUGGCAUUAUCCCGUGCCCAAGGUUGGCGCCCACACCACCGUCGUCGUCGACCUGGUGCGCCCCAUCUCCAAGCCUGGUGAGGUGACCCUCACCAGCGGCAGCUACCUGGACCAGCCCGCCAUCAACCUCAACUUCUUCGAGAGCGAGCUCGACAUCAUCGCCAUGCGCGAGGGUAUCCGCUUCAGCUACGACCUCCUGACCAAGGGCGAGGGCUUCAAGGACCUCGUUGUCGACGAGUACCCCUGGGACAUGCCCCUCGACAACGACGAGGAGAUGCGCCGCGUCGUCCUCGACCGAUGCCAGACCGCCUUCCACCCUUGUGGCAGUGCUCGUCUGUCCAAGAACAUUGAGCAGGGUGUCGUCGACCCGGCCCUCAAGGUCCACGGUGUCAAGAACCUGCGAGUCAUUGAUGCCUCCAUCAUGCCUGUCAUUCCUGACUGCCGUAUCCAGAACUCUGUCUACAUGGUUGGCGAGAAGGGUGCCGAUAUGAUCAAGGCUGAGCACAAGGACCUGUACUAAACCAAACUAUACAUUCCCCAUCCCAGAAAAAAAAACUCUUAGCUCACUCACACACACACACAACUAUUUGAUUUGUACUGAGAGGUUUUUUUCAUUUUGGGAAAUAUGAAGGACAAAGGAUAGGAUAACACCACACCACACCACUAAAUGAGAUAUCA